AUGGAGGCAGAUAGGGAAUGUCAUACCAAGGGAUGUCUACAAACAUCAGAAGUAGAAAGAGAAAGUCAGCAACGUACUACCCUCGACCCAGCCGAAUACAACAUCUCUCUAGAGACCCGGCGGGCUCAAGCCGAGCGGCUGGCCAUUAGAUCCCGGCUUAAACGGGAGUAUCUGCUUCAGCUCAAUGACCCCAACCGGAAGACGAUCAUUGAAGAUCCUGCCUUGGCUCGUUGGACAUAUGCAAGAUCAGCAAAUAUAUAUCCCAAUUUCAGGCCAACUCCCAAGCUCGCUCUCACAGGAGCUGUGUUUGGCCUUGGGCCCCUCUUCUGGUACUACGUUUUCAAAACCGAGAGAGAUAGAAAAGAAAAACUUAUCCAGGAAGGAAAAUGGGAACGACCAUUUAACAUCUCAUAUUAA